CACAGAGAGGCCCGGCAUGGCGCCCGACACCAACUCGCCGGUAGUCGAGCACGAGUCGGUCCAAGUGGUGGCACGCAGCCGACUGGGCGAGCAUGGCAUAAUCAUCUGCGGGGAGGUGGACGCCAUAGACCCGUCUGUCCUGUAUACUUCCGACCACUCGCAGCAGCGCUCUAUGGCCAAGUACGUCGAGCUCAAGACCACAGCCGUGGUCAGACACGAGCGCCAGCUUGAGAACAUGCGCAGGUACAAGCUGUGGAAGUGGUGGUCCCAGUCGUACAUCAUGGGAAUGAAGCGAGUGAUCUGCGGUUGUCGCGACAAGGAAGGCUUCGUUCGGAGUCUCAUGCAGUUCGACGUGGACACAAUGCACGAGCAGUGCGAGCGGGAACACCUUUGGUUCCGCGCUGAAGGGCUCAACUUUUGCGACAACUUUCUCUCAUUUGUCAAAUCAAACCUGAGGCAUGAUGACCCCAAGGUGGUUUACCUGUUCACAUACGAGCCCGCCUGGGAACGAGUGACCUGCAAACGCCUCGAUGCUCCCGGAGAGUACGAAGUCCUGCCAGAGUGGUUCCUGAAGGAGUUUUGAAGAGAUAGCGGGGAGCAUGACUUCACGUUUAUGACUGUUGACAUUAAGCGUACCAGGGACUUGGGGAAAAUCCCAGCAUCGUAUUAAUCCAUAGGAAAGGAGACGCUGAAGAAUUGGCAAAUUUUAGGUCCAUUGGUUUCAGUAUUGCACAAAACAUCUGACAUAAUUUCAGAUAUAAUGAGGACAGCGCUCGGCUUCAUCCCAGAGGACAGGCUGACUUUGGAAAGGACUACAUUCAUGUCAUGGAUCACGUAAUUGGGUAAUGUGUGGAGCUUAACCAACAUCUAUGUAUGGUUCUACAUGGAUUACGAAAAUGCUUUCGGUUGAGUAGAAUUACCAGCAGUCCUCGAGACAUUGCGUAGUCAAGGAGUAACGGAAGCAUACGUGAAUAUCGUGGCCAAUAUCUAAAAAGACUCCACAGCU